AUGAAAGAGAACGUGAGGACCUUAUAUCAGGACAUUGAAAGAUGUGUUGAUUUGUUGCAAGAGGCUGUCGAUUUAGAGACGGCAAAGGCAGUCUCAGUCUUUAGUGAGAAGACAUGCGAUAAUGAGCGAUGGUUGGAGGAACUUAAGCAAAGAUUUCAGUUAAGAAGCGAUGAAGAAUUGGAACAGAUACGGGCCUUGAAAAGCCAGCAACUGGAUAGGAUUGAUACGGUUGAAUCUAAGAUCGAAUACUAUGAAAAAUUGUGCGAUGAAUUAGAGGAAUUCCAAGCUGAGCUGGAAGUGAAAACGAAACUGGCACAAAAUAGACGUUCGCGCAUGAAUUCUAGCGUCCGGGAUUGA